GUGAGUUGUAUUAUAGUGGUACAAAUUCUGAACCUGGUUUGAAUAAAUACAACUUGAAGUUAAAUUCAUGGAUGGAAGGUGGGAUCAAUUCAGGCAGGCUAUUGUAAAGCACGGCUGUGCUGAGUUUCUUAGUAGGUCUCGAAGAACGUAUCCUAAAGAGAAGUUGUGGAAUAGUCCAAUGAGUCCACCGGCAUGGUCAAACUCUUCUGUUAAAGGUGUACUUUCAGCCUCUACCAGUUCAGGGACAAAGAAACCUGGUGUACUACUCAACUCUCCACGUAGACACGGUAAUCAGAAGAAGUUCACAAAGCAAGAAUGGGAAAGAUUUCACUCGAGAAUCAACCCAAAUAACUAUGGCAGAACUGGCAGCAACUCCAGAAUUCACUGACUGGGUCAUCGAGCGUGCAGACCGUAUAAACCUCAUUUCAAAUGACAGUUCAGAUGAAUCAAUUGGGAGCAAAUCGAGUUCUAUAGACGAAGAAGCUGAAGAGAGCAGCAGUCAGUUUAGAUUCUUUAGUUGGAAACCAUGAAGUUGAAGAUAGCAUUAACCCGGGAAUUACACAAGAACAUGUUAAAGUAGCAUCAAAUUUAGGAAAUUUAGCAGCCAUUUGCCAAGUGCAAUCUCUGUGAGCAUUUAGCAUGACAUUUUCCAAAAAAUUAACUGACCACGUAAUGCAGACGGUGAGACUGUUUACCAUUUGAUGUAACUUGAGUAAUGUACAGGCGAAGCUAGGAGGACUGCGGGUAUGUAAUUUAGUU